AUGGCUCCAUUGCUCGCCGCUCAGCCAUUAAAGGCUAUCUACGCCACUUUCAUCGUUCUCACUGUGCCCAAUCCGUUAGGGAGACUUGUCUCUGGCAUCUGGCACUCCAUCCUGAGCCUGGAGCAGGGGACCAGCCGCAUGCUCACCUUCUCGAGAAAAUGCAAUGAUCCAAAGGAAGCAAAGGAAAGGUUCGUGCAAAUUGAACCUCCACCAACGAACUUCUUCUCUGGUGUCCUCGCUCCCACAGGUCCUGUCAAGCCCGCACCUGUGAAAGGCGUGUGGCUGCCCAGUCUUCCUCCCCAGAACUCUGCCGAAUUGAGGAAGGAAAAGGUGAUUCUUCACCUCCCCGGCGGUGCCUUCGUCGUCACUUUCGGCCAUGAGUUUUCGGGACGCCCCGUCAUGGUGAUAUUCACCCAGCACCUGAAAGUAUCCAGGGUCUUGUGGUCCCAUUACCGGCUGGCAGAGGUCGAGGAAAGCCGCUUUCCUGGCGCGGUUCAAGAUGCUCUCACCUUUUACCGCUAUGUCCUCUCCCUGGGGUACGAGCCAGAGAAUAUAAUCCUGUCCGGCGACUCUGCUGGUGGCAAUGUCGCCCUAGCCCUCCUUCGUUACCUGGAAGCCGCGAAACUCCCAGAACUCCCUCCCCCAGGCCGUCUCAUCACCUUUUCCCCCUGGGUCAGUGUCACCGCGAACGCAGGUGCGGACUUCGAGAAUUCCGUCAAUCACGAAUGUGAUAUCUUGUACGGGCCCUUCCUGCAGUGGGGAGCAGAGGCGUAUCUGCCUUCUGCAAGACCGAUUCCUCCUGAUGUGCAACCCUAUAUCUCGCCGAUCCACCAUCCGUUUCAGACAGCAGUUCCUAUCUUCAUCUGGGCAGGGGCUGCUGAGGCUUUCUGUGGGGAUAUUAGGACCUUCGCGGAUGAGAUGGCAAAAGUCCAGGGCAAUAAAAUUCAAUACCACGAGCAAGAAAAGGCGGCGCACGAUCUCUUAAUGAACUUAAAUAUGUUCAAGUUGGAAGAAGGUUUCUACUCAGCUAUGAGUCAAGCUUACAAGUUUCUUAGCAACGCAGAGUGA